AUGGGGGCCCGGCUGCUGUGCCUGUGCCUCCUCACCGCCCUCCUCGGCUACUACAUCUACAGCCCGCUGCCGCAGGAGCUGGCCCAGCCCGGCACCGUGAUGCUCGCCUCGGCUGCCCUCCGGGCCCUGGGGCACCUGUCGGAGGCGGCUGAGCUGCUGGGGCUGAUGCACUACAUGGAGGGCCUGAGACUGAUCACGACUGUGGAGCUGGUGGCUCCCACGUCUGACGAGAACGUCACCGUGACAGACACAGAGCUCAGCGGGGUCCCCGUGCGCCUGUACCUGCCCAAGAGGCCACCUGGAGGCCUCAGGAGGGCCGUGCUCUUCUUCCACGGCGGCGGCUGGUGCCUGGGAGACGCAGGCAUGCACGGCUAUGAUCUCAUGUCACGGCGGAUUUCAAACGAGCUGAAUGCUGUCGUGGUGUCAGUCAACUACAGGUUGGCCCCUCCACACCGUUUCCCUGCCCAGUUUGAAGACGUGUACCUGGUGACCAAGUUCUUCCUGCAGAGCAAGGUCCUGUCCCAGUAUGGGGUGGACCCUGCGCGGGUCUGCGUGGCCGGGGACAGCGCCGGGGGCAACCUGGCUGCAGCUGUGGCACAACAGCUGUCGGAGGACCCUGAAGUCAAAACGAAGCUCAGAGCUCAAGUUCUGAUCUACCCAGCCCUGCAGGCGCUGGACCUGGACCUGCCGUCGUACCGCGACAACGCGCACAAGCCGCUGCUGCCGCGCGCGCUGAUGGUGCGGUUCUGGAGCGAGUACCUGAGCGCCGACCCCGCUCUGCGGGCGGCCAUGGCCUCCAACCGCCACGUGCCGCCCGAGGCCGGGCCCCUGCUGCCGCUGGUCGACUGGAGCCGCUGGCUGCCCGCCGCCAUGCGCGGGGCUCACGCCUACCGGCGCCCGGCCCUGGGCGCCGCGGGGCUGGCGCGGCGCUUCCCGGGGCUGCUGGACCCGCGUGCGUGCCCGCUGCUGGCAUCCGAGGCCCGGCUGCGCCGCCUGCCCCCGGCCUUCGUGCUGACCUGUGAGCACGACGUGCUGCGGGACGACGGCGCCAUGUACGCGGCCCGGCUGCGCGCCGCCGGCGUGCCCGUCACGCACCACCACGCCAAGGACGCCUUCCACGGCGCCAUGACCUUCCUGGCCUGGCCGCUGGAGCUGGCCGUGGGCCACCAGCUCUUCAACACCUGUGUGGACUGGCUGAAGGAGAACCUGUGA